GCUCACAGCCACUCGGCUGUAUGGCCUCUGCUCUCUGUAAAAUAAGGUUUGCACUGGUUUGCACUGGUUAGGUUGGCCAUAUUUAGUGGACAUUUAGGGUAUAAUGUUGUGUUUGAUUCUUUCGUAUUUAAUGUUGCUCAUAUGUCUGUUCUAUACUGAGUGUUCCUGGGAGGCAAACCUCAGGCCCCAGGGAGCCUCCUCUGAGGUCCACCAAACAGUUUCAGUUUCAGGUAGAAACUAUGCCAACCUCUCAACAUUCCCCGCCAAGUGGAGAUCUGAAGGGAAGCCUGCACACGUUUCCCCCAGGACAGGACUCUCUCGGGGCCACCUCAGCAACCAACACCGCAGGAAAGCUGAAUUGCAGCCCGAACGCAGCCGAAAAUACUUGUCAGAGCCUGACAUCACUAAGAGCAACUUAGACUCGGAGACGUUCAGAAAGGAGCGACUGGGAUGCCAGGGUGCGACGUCCCAGGUUGGGUGGCGACAGAAUCCUCGCUUUGGGGUGCUGACGUGACUGCACUAGAAAGUCAUCGACAUCCAGUCAGUGGGAACACUUGGUGGCAGAGGGAUGUGGCAAUAGCAGGGCCAGGAUGGUUCAGAAGAAACCUCCAAUGUGGUUGCCUGUAGCUAUGGAGGGAACUUCAUAGAGGUGCCCUGCCCCUGGCUGUGCAGGGGACCUCACACAGAUGCUCUGCCCUGCCCCUGGCUGUGCAGGGAACUGCAGAGGCAGGAUGAGAGUUCCGGAGUGAGUUCAGGCAGACAGGAGGCAGCAGGAAGGAACAUCCUCAGAGCAGGUACACACAGUCCCGGCCAAGCUUCUUCUCAUACGAAGUGUCAGGUCAGGAGAGAGCACACAGACAGGACAGCUUCCUCCACUCUCAGGGAACCACAGCCCAGGAGCUACUUUGUCCCCAGUAAUCAAUGCUAACAGUUCAUCCGAGGCUGCCCAGUGGAAUCUGGGCACGCUCACUGUGGUGGGGACAACGUUGAGUUUGAGUUUUGAGCCACAUAGGAGCCAAGAAGAACGUGGGUUCUUCAAGAGGGUCCCGGAAGCUGAUGAGGAAAAGUCUCAAGAAGUGGGGACCUAGAGUCGACACUGCUCUCCGAGUUACAUUCUAUUGAGAAACUGCCCUAACUGUUGUGCGGGACUGCCAUGCAAAGGCAGGAGUCUGGGUCAGCUACGCGCCAUUCUCUUAGCCAAGCACUUCUUCAGGGUACCCAACUCUUUUCACAGCCUCUGUGGGGUGAGAAAAUCUGGGAAAAGGAGUGGGAGGGAAGUCUGAAUCAUCAUCGUGGACUCUGGUUGAUGCUUUGCGUCCCCAGGGAGCCAACUACAUUGCUUCUAUCUGGUCCACGAGACCUGUGUGACUCUGGGCAAGGCUCUUCAUGGAAGGUCAAAUACAGAGUUCCACUCGCUACACAGGGCUGAUGUGGGGGGACCACAGGGCUGACGACAGUUCCUCCUGGGAACUCCACGAUACCAUGCUCAUGUGAACUCUGAACCUACCAAGCUCCCCCACCACCCCUGCCUGCCCCAUGUCUUUCCUAGCUAGAGGAAACACCCUCACACAUCCGGCUCUCCCCAGACCUGUAGCACUGGCUGCUCAGGCACAACCAGGAAGCAGCAGUCUGUUUUCCUCAGACUUCAUGUGCAAUCAAUACACUAAGCUUUAUACCCUGAGAAUAGUAGAUAACCAGAGGAGCGUUCUAGUAAACAAGCCACGAACCAUGGAGAAGAGAACAGGAAGUCCCUCUCCCAUGCCCCACGGCUUCUCAGUGAGGCCCGAGCACAGGACAGCAGGCACCUGCCCGGGCUUUGUGUCAGGACAUUGCCUUUCUCUCUAAGAAUUAUUCCAGAAUCUGCCCCUUGAGUGGUUCAAGUCUGCCCUACACUGUAAGACCCUCUUCCCAGUGCAGCUCUGGUUCAGCUGUCCCCUGAGACAGCGGGGACAACAGGAGAAAAGAGUAUCUAGGAAGCUUCCCCCGACAUCCACGCUAUUUUGAAUAUAUUGUCCCUGCAUGUGGCUCAAGGGCACAAGAUGCAAAGAUGCUAAGACGUUCAAACAGGGCGGUCCAGAAAGCUACUGCAGAGCCCACAAGAGGUUCUGCAUCCUUGUCACAGGAAUCCAAGACAGGUCAGGCGGCAGAUACCAAGGCCUUCCUACUGUCUACCCCAGUUCAGAGUUUGCUGGGCCCAUCAGCCUUUGGCCCAGUAGCAGCGGAGCCCCAGUGAGCCAUAUGCAAGCAGGAGGCUACACACGCUGAGUGGCCUAGCUGCAGCCAGUUCUCAGCCUCUCCUGGGUCCAGGCUGCUUCACUGGGUUGGUCAGAUCUAGUCAGCCUGACCCUGGGAGGCCGGAGACCUUCCCUGAACCAUCCCGCCCCAGCACAGCAGCUCCCCGCAGCUGCUGCUUCUUCAUAUGCUCCCCUAGGUUUGGCCGGUUCAGGCAGAUCUAAUUUAUGCAACUGUCACAUGGGCAGUUGGUCGGAAUGUCCUGGGUUCCGGGCCAGUUGGGAGUCAAACACACCGACAUGGUCACCCAACUUGGUCUUUUCCCCCUGGUACAUUAGAAUUUAAACAUGUCCAAUGAAGAGGGCACCAGGUUACUGGUCCCUCAAGUCCACUGUCCCCUUCCGGUGUCCAGAUAACUGAGGCCCCAGUACACUUCUCUCUAAUACAUUUUUACACUCGAAGAAACAAAUUCCAAGGUGAUUGGGUUGGGCAAGCGUGUGGAGAUCUGUGGUAGUUCACUAUCUAGGCUCUACUCAAGCCCCCUUUCCCUCUCUCUAUUUUGCUUCAUGUGUCUCCAUUCUAGCAGGGUAUCCAUUUGUCUGAGUACGUGCUGUGCCCAGUGCCUAGAGAAUUACAAAGCCAUAGAUGCUCCUGAGACCUUUUAACACAGGCCAACACACACACACACACACACACACACACACACACACACACACGCAUAUAUAGACACACAGACAGAUGAAAACACAUACAUACAUACAUAUAUACACAUACAUGCACGCACACAUGCACACACACAUGCACAAACACACGCACAUGCAUAUAUAGACACAGACACACAGAUGAAUAUACAGACACACACAUACACACAUACAUACAUAUACAUAUACAUACACAUACAUAUAUACAUACAUACACAUGCACAGAGAGAGACACACAGACACAUAUACACACAUAUACAUAUACAUACAAACAUACACAUGUACAUGCGUAGAUAUAUACAAUCCCUCGCUAAGUCUGGUCCUAAGGCUUACUAGACAUAAGCCGUAUCAGCUAUUGAAAUCACAUUCAAUGAGUUAGGUAAACUCGUGGAAAGUCUGUUCCUGCACCAUUUCAUGCACAGUUCCUGGGAUGGACCUGACUGCGGCAGAGAAAGGAUACAGAAACAUAGAUACACACACGGGAGAGCAGAGGGGUCUGAGCUCUAGGCUGGAGAAACCACAGCACCUGGGGAAGCUUCACAUGUUUACAGUUUAGAGUUGAACAGGGAGGCGGAGCCAUGGCACGUGGCUGGCAAGGAGGCGAGGUUAUGACUUAUAAAUGAGGGAACGGAGUUUAUGGUUUGCAAGAGAACAGGGAGACAUGUGUGGCUAGUCUUGGUCAACACAGUCUCUGUAGGGGACAAUCUUCAGGCCAUAUACCUCAGGAGUGGGAAAAGCUAUGGUGGACAGACUCUGCACAGACCAUCAACACUUGUGCUUGGUGUCCCAGGAAGGUUUUGCUAUGCCUCUCAAUCUCACGGAGGGGGAAUGUAUUGAUGCAUGCAUUCCUCAAUGGGUCUGAGGCUCUAGAGUCUUUGACGUGGCCAGCUCAUGUCAACACACGUGUUCCCUCUGGACAGUGCUCACUGAGGACAGUCUCUGUCCCCCACAUUCAGGAAAGAGCUAGUAAGACGUAUAAGCCUCAACAGGGGAGUUUUGGUAGGGUCUUUGGUCGCUGGAACAAAGCACUAUGUCCCUUAGACAAGCAGAACGCUCUUCACUUGCAGUUCUGUAGGACAGAGAUGUCUAUGUUAAGGUGGUCAGAAGGAACUUGUCUGUUUAAAGGCAGAGUCGUCUGUGCCCAAAUGCGCCUGAUCUCUGAGAGCUAUAGACACGUAUCUUUAUCUGCCUCCUCACCGCUCCUGCUGAAGCCCCUGAAUGACAUUGGCUUUCAGGUGUACCACUCUCCUAUCCGACUGUCACCACCCGUCCCUGUCGCCUCUGUGCCUCUAUGCCCACACUUUCUUGUCAUCUGAGUGGCGGUCAUUCACUUAAAGUGCAUGCUGAUACAGGACAAGCUCACCUCAGUGAAAGGGAACCAAUUUCCAAAUAAAGGCAUGGUCACUAACACUGAACAUUAGGCAUUGACACUGGAGGACAUGGUCCAGUCUCUGACUUCCCUGAGCAGCAGACUUGAGCCAGCAGAGGAAAGAAACAAGCUUAUACAUCAGUCAGCAGACAGCACCAAGUCCGCGUCACAGUCAGCAGAGAUACAGAAACAAGCAUCAAGUCUAAGUCGUAGUAAAGCCACAUUUCGUGUUUCAGGUUGUUCCUGGUGCAGAGGAAACAGUGUCACCCUCUCACGGGCUGCUGCUCUGAGCCUGGCCCAGCUCUGUUCAUCAAACCCACAUCUGCCAUAUGCACCUCACAGCCUGGAUUCCAGCUCGAUGGAUGGGGAGGCAACAGCUGUCCUGGGUCACUGAAGAAGCAAACUGAGAGAUCGGCAUGUGCACAGAUCGUGGAACUGGAGCCAUGAGCGUGGAGAUCCUGCAGGAUAAAAUUACAAAGUACGAGAUCUGCACAAGUUGGACUUCACCCCCUAGACUCGUUCUCACUCUUGUCUACCUACGCAACCAUUGUGAAGGUCCAGCGUCUUCCCAGGCCCUCCCCCCAGACACCACCACAUCAUGGUCACUGUCCUGGUAUAUCCAGAAGUAUGUGUCAUGGAUUCUGAGGAUAAGGAAAGAGGGAACAGAAACUGGUUGCUGCGUCUCCGACGACGAUGUUCCUCAGAGGAAGAGACAUUUUUCCCAUGGAACGCGGAUCCGCCUGUGGCCGCCCAGCAGAGUGGAGCCCACAUAUCCCAGUGACGUUUCCAACAGGGUUAUCAUGGAGGUGGUCCCCUGUGUCAGCUCAGAAGAGGAAGACGAAGAGUCUGUCGGAAAGGUGGAAUCCGCAGACAAGGAAAACAUCAUCCUGGAGAACCUGAGGGACUCCUUCCAUCCCCAUAGAAGAUCAGAAGAAUCCAUCAAAUACCCGAAUUGGAACGUCCAGAGGCAGUGGGACUGGAGUAGCGAUGAGGAAGACUGUGAAGGCCACUCCAUCUCCGUCACCGCCCUGGUACACGCUGAGGCCUGCUUGUCGGACACCGAGGAGGAGGAGAAGGCAGAAGAAGCCAUUAAAUCCCAGGAUGAGGCCAGCAGGGAGGGCGGAGAUGUGGCCCCGAAGACAGAAGCUGCUGCACUGUGACCCUUUCCCCUUCCUGGAAGGGCUUCUCUAAUGUCCACGUUUAGAAUUUUUUACACGUUUGCAACUUUUUUACCAUUACAAAUACUUUGUUUUUUAACGUUGGAUACUCUGUUUUUUAACGUUGGAUAUUUAAGACUGUAAAUAUGUUUCUCUUACAUAUUGUGCAUAUUGUAUAAUAAAUGAAAAUUGACUCCUGCCA